UGAUCAUAUUAUAAUAAGCUCUCCAACAACAUUCAUCUAGCAACCAGAAAAGCUUUAAUCUGUACUAGUGGUGCUCUCAGAAGCUGCGGAGAUGGAAAUAGUGGUGGAGGUGCGGUCACCGGAGAUGGAUACCGGCGUGGAAGAUGCGGUGGAAGCUUGCGGAUUGCAAGCUCGGAGGAAACCACGACUUCAAUACUCCGGUCCUGCUAUUGUUCAUGGACUCACAAAGGGAGACAACGGCGGCGGAGAACCAUCGGAAAACGCCACCUACUUACACCAAAAUGGAGGAGCAAUCAAAGAUUUGGAUAUUCAUAAGAUUCAGAAUCCCGGUAAGUAUGAUGCGAUCAACUCUGGAAUCACCGAAACCGCCAGUGCUAGCAGCGAAGAAACUGGAGAAAGCUUGAGAUCUGAACUAACUGAAGAAGACAUCGUGGAGGAGGAAGUAGUAGAGUUGGAAUUCGAUAAGGCGAUAUCGAAGCUCCAUACGCACAGGAUGCACUGCCCUAAUUGUGAUGCUCAGAUCACCAAAGUAGUUCUUCGUCGGAAAAUAACGAGAAGGCCACGGCCUCCGAUCGACGAACCAGAAAAGCCAAUCGAUCUGCUUGGAUGCUUAUCGUGCUUCAGCUUGUUCACAUCCGCAGGAAAUCCGUUUUCAAUUUUCCGGGAUAAACCACGUGUGAAUGCAGUUCCACAACCUGAUGGAAACGAAGAGGAAAUCGAAUCUGGUGAGAAUGCAGGGAACUGUUUCAGCAUCUUUCGAGUUUUUAGGAAUGAACCCAACGUUCCGACCAUACAAGAUAUGACGAAACCAGGUCUCCCUUCUCCUUCCCCCACCACGGAUACCAUAUAUGUUCCAAGCAAACCUUUGGGCGAACAUCGUGGAUCUUCGCUGGACGUUACACCAGAAAAACCCGAAACAAGUAUCGAGAUACCACCCGCCACCUCCCCUGCAAUUGGAGCUCCUCAAACACAAGAACCGGUAGGACAAGAUUCUACAUCUUUUGAGAUCUUGAAGAGCGUAGUCUAUGGAGGUUUAAUGGAGGUGAUUGCAAGUUUAAGUGUUGUAGCAUCUGCCGUUGCUGCUGAUGCCGCCACUCUGACCAUCGUAGCGUUGGCGAUUGCAAAUCUAAUUGGCGGGAUCUUUGUCAUCGGCCAUAAUCUUUGGGACUUAAAAGAUGACUGCUACAAAUUCUCGACACAACAAAUAACUCGUAACAAGUACAAAGAGUUACUAGGACGGGUCGAGCAUUUCCCACUACACGUGUUCUUUGCGAUACUAUCCUUCUUUGUGUUCGGGAUCAUCCCUCCUGUCGUCUACGGAUACUCAUUUCACGAGACCAACGAUAAGGAUUUCACCAUCGUGGUGGUUGCAGCCGCGUCUCUCGUGUGUGUCGGUUUACUAGCGAUAUUCAAGGCAUACGUUGAUAGAUGCACUAGGUUCCUCGGAUACGUGAAGACGAUUGCAUACUACUUGACUACAACAAUUGCGGUCUCGGGUAUUUCUUAUGUGGUUGGAAAUCUAGUAACGAGGUUGAUUGAGGAUCUCGGGUUGUUUGAGACGAUCCCCGGUGUGGCUAUGUCGCUCCUUCCCGAAACAAACCCAUCUUUGGCAUAUUACUGAUGCCUUAUUAUCAAUGGUACAAGUCUCCUUAGGCCAAUAGAUUUUUAUCUCUAGAGACCUAUGAGAUUAGUCAAGAUGUGCACAAGCAGACCCGGACACUCUGUUACAAAAAGAUGUUGUAUUCAUUUACUUUGUCGUUUGCGUACUUUUGGUUUUGUUUU